AUGGACAGGUUGAGCAGAUUCAACAGGGUUUAUGCUGCUCACUGGGAGAUUCGUCAGGUUGAGAUAGUUCGGUUUGCGCUUGCUCAGUUUGUGGUUGUUCAGUGUUGGGACUUUCAGGCUGGACCUCAACAGGUUGACGAUCUCCAGUUUGAGGUGCUUCUGUUUGGGGCUCAACGGGUUGUGGUUCUCCAGUUUGAGGUGAUUCAGUUUGGGCCUCAACGGGUUGUGGUUCUCCAGUUUGAGGUGAUUCAGUUUGGGCCUCAAUGGGCUGUGGCUCUCCAGUUUGAGAUAGUUCAGUUUGGGCCUCAACAGGUUGUGGUUCUCCAGUUUGAGGCUGGGCCUCAACGGGUUGUGAUUCUCCAGUUUGAGGUGAUUCAGUUUGGGCCUCAACGGGUUGUGGCUCUCCAGUUUGAGGUUGUUCAGGCUGGGCCUCAAUGGGUUGUGGUUCUCCAGUUUCGGCCUCAACGGGUUGUGGCUCUCCAGUUUGAGGUAGUUCAGUUUGAGCAUCAAUGGGUUGUGGUUCUCCAGUUUGAGGUGGUUCAGUUUGGGCCUCAACGGGUUGUGGCUCUCCUGUUUGAGAUAGUUCAGUUUGGGCCUCAACAGGUUGUGCUUCUCCAGCUUGAGGCGGUUCAGUUUCGGCCUCAACAGGUUGUGGCUCUUCAGUUUGAAUUUGCUCAGGCUGAGCUUCAACAGGUUGAUGCUCUCCAGUUUGAGGCUGUUCUGGAUGAGUUUGUUCAAAAUGAGAUUGUUCAGUUUGAGAGAGUUCAGUUUGAGGCUGUUCAGUGUAUGGGUGUUCUGUUUGAACAUCUACUGGCUGGGGUUCCUCUGGUUUUUCUUGGUCGGGAAGAGUCUCCUCAGGUUGAAAUUGCUCAGUUUGUG